AUGAAGAGAGAAGAAGACACAGGAAUCUCCAUUCUCGUUGUUGGAGGUGGCAUUGCGGGUCUAUCAUUCGCUAUUGAGGCUCAUCGUAAGGGUCACAAUGUCCGGGUAAUCGAACGGCGACGCCGUGAAGAGACUUUUGGCGAAAUGAUCGUAAUCACGACUCCAGCUCUCCACACCCCAAAGAAAUGGCCGGGCUUUAUGGAGCGGGCGAGGCAAGAAGGAGUUGAUCCAGUGAUCAAUAUGAAGAAAUUCGACGGCACACUGAUCGGGACCUUCCCCAUUGGCGACCCCAAGGACCCUUCCCUAGCUAUCUACCGGUCAAAGCUGCAUAAUGUUCUCCAAGAGUAUAUCUCGCAGCUUGGCAUACCGGUCGAGUUCUCCACGACGGCUGCGGAUUUCUUCGAGGCAGACGACCAUGGUGGUGUGAUCCUGUCUGACGGCCGCAGGCUCACGGCAGACGUAGUGGUGGCUGCUGAUGGAGUUGGCACCAAAUCAUGGGCAUCGGUAGUCGGCAGCAAAGACGCCCCCAUUAGCUCAGGAUUCAUCCUGUAUCGAGUCACCUUCCCCGCAGCACCGGCGCUCGAAAACCCAGUCAUCGCGAAGGAAUUUGAAGGAUUCAGAGACCGUGGAUUCCUACAUGCCGGUCCUGGGGCGCAUGUGGUUACUUGCAAGUCAGAAAACGACAUUUGCUGGAUGCUCACUCGCAGGGAGGACGGUGGUGAUGACAAAGAAGAUUGGGCUAAGACCACGUCGAUUGAUAAGGCUCUCAAGGCCGUUGCGGGCUGGGAACCCUUCAUGACCGAGCUUAUCAAUGCGACACCAAACCACACCGUUCUUGAAUGGAAGCUGGUUUGGCGUAACCCUCAACCGCGGUGGGCAUCACCCGGCGGCCGCAUUGUCCAAAUUGGUGACGCCGCACAUCCAUUUCUGCCGACCUCGGCUAGCGGUGGAACAAUGGCCAUGGAAGAUGCGUACUCCCUGGCCGCAUGUUUAAAAAUAGCCGGGAAGGAAGAUGUGUCCUUCGCAACAAAGGUGCAUAACCACUUGAGGUUCGAACGGGUCUCUUGCGCCCAGAAGCUAGGAUUCAAGAACCGGGAGUUAUUCCACAACACUGAUUGGGAUGCAGUUUCUAAGAACCCGGAGGUUAUGGGCAAGAUGGUUGGAAACUGGCUGGUGCAGCACGACCCAGCGCAGUAUGCAAAUGAGAACUACGGUAAAUGUGCAGAGCACCUUCUCAGGGGUACACCAUUCGAGAACACGAAUUCUGUUCCUGGCUAUAAGUACAAGCCGUGGACUGUCCAGGAGCUCCUAGACGCUUCGGAGAGUGGCAACCCUGUUCAAGAUGAAGGAGACUGGUCCUAG